CAUAAAUUGAAGUCAUGAAUUGAAAUUUUUUAUUUCACCUAUUAUAGAAAGAUUUGCUUUCAGCUUGACACCACUAAAUUGUGUUACUUUAGAUGUCCAUAUAAUUUACUUAAAAAAACAAAAAAAAAUUCCAUUUUGUACUAAGCAGGCAUGCUUACAACAAUCUGACCCUCAGUCUAAGCUCAGGCCUUCACGCUUCUCUGUCUCGUUCGACAACGCCUCGCCGAAAUCAUGGUUUAACUACCGGCAGUCGACGACUAUCGACCGUUCCCACUUUCCGCACAGGACCCUACGUCAAUGUUUUUAAGAAGAGGCACUACGCUCACAUCGCUGGUGAGCCCUCGUGUUCUUUCAAGGUUAGAAAGUUUUUCUUCGAGGGCCUUUUCGGUUCUUGACAAGGACAAGGAAGCAACUCAGUCUUCAUUGGUUAAUCAGAAGGGCACUACUUCUGCUGACUAUGAUGACAAAAUUCGGCUUUCGCCAUUGUUUUUGCACGGUGGACCUAAUACGGAGGAGGGUUGCAAUAUUGAGCUUGUUGAUACUGAGACGUGGCGAAUUUCUUCUUGUUUAGCCGAGGUGUGGCGAGAAACUGACCGGGCAACAAAAGCAAAGGUUUUGUUUAAGGAAGCAGAUGAAGUGGUUGAUCAUGCACCUCGGAAUAAUGAUGACCCGGAUUUUGAUGAGAUUGAGGAUAUGAGAAUUCGUGGAAAUCUCUUUUAUAAGUUGGACAGGGAUUCCAAAGAAUUCGAGGAAUACAAUUAUGACUUCCAUCGCAGAAAAUCUUCAAAGAGUAGGAGGGAUGAUCAGACAGAAAACAAAAAGGUGAACGCAAGUCGUAAGUUGGCCUCCAAAGUUGAAGAAUCUUCAAAGAAGAAAGAUGAGCGGAAUUCAAGCAGAAAGAAGGAUAACCUGUGUCAGAACUUGGACUCUGCGGGUGAAAGGCUGUCAAAGCUCGUUAAGAACGUAAAUCUUAAUUCUCCGCUUUGUGAAAUAGAAAAUUCUUGUAUUGGAAAGAAAGUAAGGACUCCCAGUUUCAAUCAGCUCACAGCCCCUUACCACGAACCAUUUUGCUUGGACAUUUACAUAUCUAAAGGAUCUGUACGUGCCUGCAUUAUUCACCGGGCAACUAGCAAGGUCGUUGCUGUGGCACAUUCCAUUUCAAAGGACAUGAAAUUUGAUCUGGGCUCAACUAAGAAUGCAGCUGCUUGUGUUGCCGUUGGAGAAGUUCUAGCUCAAAGAGCCUUGGCUGAUGAUAUCCAUAAUGUAGUCUAUACGCCAAGGAAAGGGGAGAAAUUGGAGGGGAAGCUUCAGAUUGUACUUCAGUCCAUCAUUGAUAAUGAUGUUAAUGUGAAGGUUAAGAUUAAGCAAAGAAGAGUAAAGAAAGCCGGACACUGGCAGUCAUCUACCGGUUAGGAACACCUUUGCCCAGCCUGAUUGUUUCAUGGGGUCCAAGAACGAACUUCUUGGUCGUUUUCCUCUGUAUUUGGAAUAUGGUUUGAUUGCGCCCAAUGAAAGUAAUUUUCUUGAAGAAGACAAGUGCGAGAAUUUCUAGUUACAACAAUGUCUUUGAGUUGGCGAAUUUCAACAUGAAUGUUCCACUUGAACCUGUGCAUAGUUUUUGUCCAGAAUAGAGGAGAAUGGAAGGUUUUGUUGCAGUGGUCAUUUGUUGUAGAUGUGGAUUGUUGAAUCUAAAAUGCAUUAUGCAUGAAUAAAAUGAAAUCCUUUUUCUUCAAAGUGUGCAUCUUAUUAGUCA